CAAACAUGACCGUCACCGAGUCGAUAAAGCAUGCCGUCGGCAUCACGGGCGAGCCUAAGAAGGCCACCCGUGAGGAGAUGAGCGCCGCCAGACUGCCCCUCCCGUACCGAGACUCGUGCGCACAUCUUCUCAUCCCGCUGAACCGGUGUCGGUUCGACGAGUACUACUUGCCAUGGAAGUGCGAGAACGAACGGCACUCGUACGAAAAAUGCCAAUACGACGAGUUCAAGGAGCGUGUGAAGAAGAUGGACGAGUUGCGGGCAGCCAAGGGCGGAGAGCGCAGCAAUUGAGCGAGACGCACAAAUGACGAAACAUACAUCCCAAAGAGGACUGCAUGUAUAUAUCCAGCAGCCAAUACCACCGCCACAAUCCGGCUUCAGAGCCCGUCACAUCACAGCAGUCACUUGUCCCAAAGUUGCAGCACCAUAGGACCAGCAUGAGUGAGCCCAAAAUACUGUUCUGAUUAUUGUCUACACAUU